AUGGGGUCUUCCGAUUCACUCUCGGGUUCAAUGAGAGGAGAUUAUGAAGGAUGGUCGGUUGAUCCUUCUGCAGAAUUUUCAAGCUCUGUUGUUAAGUUAGUUGCUCCUCUCAAGGCGCCCAUCCUAUCUGCUACUGAGAUCCUAACGAUUGACUCCAUUUCAUUAGAUCUUGGGGCUAAUCCAUUCGGGGAAGUGAUUACCGUGGACCAAGUACCUGCUGGCGUUAGUUUUAGGGAGCAUGAUGCUUCAGCAUCUACUGUCAGUGAAACUGCAUUCAAUGUUCCCCCAACAACGGUAAAAUCUGUUUCCAUGAGGGAUAUGGGUACUGAAAUGACCCCUAUUGCUAGCCAAGAGCCCUCUCAAACUGGAACUCCUGUGAGAGCAACAACACCGUCAAGGAGCCCAAGUUCUUCGAGGCCAUCUACACCACCAAGAACUGCAACAACAAUUGAAUCCGCUGAUUUCUGUAGGGAGAAGGAACUAAGAAUCAGAACUAGAAGGGAGAUAAUGGUUCUUGGCACACAAUUGGGCAAGAUGAACAUUACUGCCUGGGCGAGCAAGGAGGAAGAAGAAACAGAUGCAUCUGUCAACUUGAAGAUGGAUUCAUUAGAUCAGCAACCCAAUAAUGUUGUAGAGGCUCGUGCAGCAGCUUGGGAAGAGGCUGAAAAGGCAAAGUACUUAGCCAGGUUUAAACGGGAAGAAAUCAAAAUUCAGGCUUGGGAAAAUCAUCAGAAAGCUAAAACGGAAGCUGAAAUGAGAAAAGUUGAGGAUCGUCAUUCGGGGAGGAUGAUUGAAAUUGCUAAGUGAGUAGCCAAGCUCUACUGCUUCCAAG